AUGGUUCGCUACGCCAGCAGUGCCCUCGUCAACUCGAACCCCGAGAAGUUCGCUAAGGCUCGUGGCGAGUAUGUUCGUACCCACUUCAAGAACACUCGCGAGGUUGCCGCCGCCAUCUCGGGCAUGAAGCUCUCGAAGGCGUACGCCUACCUUUCGGACGUUCAGGAGCACAAGCAGUGCAUCCCGUUCCGUCGCUUCGACGGCUCCAUGGGCCGCACCGGCCAGGCUAAGCAGUUCAAGACGACCAAGGGUCGCUGGCCUGUUAAGUCGAUCCAGUUCGUCCUCCGCCUCCUGAAGAACGCCGAGUCGAACGCCGACGCCAAGGACCUUGCCACCGACGAGCUCAUCAUCAAGAACAUCGUCGUCCAGCAGGCCCCCAAGACCCGCCGCCGCACCUACCGCGCCCACGGUCGCAUCAACCCCUACCAGGGCCACCCCUGCCACAUCGAGAUCAUCCUCUCCGUCCCCGGCGCCGAGGUUGCCCGCUCAAAGGACCUUGACAACGUUAAGACCGGCCAGACCGUCCAGGCCAUCGAGGCUUAA